ACUUAUGUUGAGCUGGAGUUAGACAGGGCCGUAAAUAGUAAAUUUUCGGGUCUCAGCACGACUUCUGCUGAGGUUCGCAUUUUGAAUUUGCUCGUAUACGCGGCCACUGGAGGUCCAUAUACUCUGACUCCUUUAUCUCGAUCACAUUCAAUCACAGAGGUUCCAGCACAAACUUCCAGCCCUCUAGACGAGUCUGUUCCCAUACCAGUUCAGUUAUUGCGAGCUAAAAAUCGACUUACGGGCAGACUACAAGCCGCUACUGUUGGCCUUGAUCACCUCGAGCAGGAAGUCCUCCAGGGUCGACUUACCCUUGACUACUUGCAGCGGCUAGCAGGGCCUGUCACACGCAGCUUGGUCGGCCUUUCAUAUCUGCUAUUUCUCCUUGGUCUCUUCCUUUAUGAUACGCAGGCGAGUCAAAUAAGAUUUUAA